UAUUACAAACAUAAAUUGGUUUUCUGUUAUUAAUUUAGAUAUCAAGCCUAUAGUAAUAUUUGAUGAAUUUGGAAAUCCUACAGCAAGAGAUGUAACACCAAAAGAUAUAGCACAUGCAAGUGAAUCUGGGGUUCUUUCUUUACCUGGUCCAAGUAUUUAUCAAUUAGACAAACAAUCUUCUGAAUUAAAAGAACCAGAUUCACAUGGAGAUACCUUCAAUUUCAUUGAACAGGUCUCUGAUGAGAAUAUUGAUAGUCAGUUUUCCCAAAAAGAAAGGUUCUAUAGUAUACUAGAUAAUUAUUAUGAUGGAAAACCUGGUAAAAAGCCAUUUACUCGUGAAAAGUUACAACGUAUGAUUAAAGAAAUAACUGACGCAAAACUGAAAACGAAGUCAAAAAGUAGAAGAGACUACUAUCUAUUAGGUACAUACGAUGUACUAACUGAUAAUGAACAAUCUCAUUUAGUUCGUAAAAGAUUUGGCAAUGAUUUGAAUGUAAAUUACAUAGUUCCUUAUGAAGAUCUGUAUGAAAAAUUGUACGAUUGUCAUGUUAAUACAACUGGACACGGAGGAAAAGUCAAAAUGCGUAUCGCUUUACAAAAAACACUAAACGUUCCCAGACCGGCCAUAGAUUGUUUUAUAUCAACGUGUAUGUUAUGCAACGAGAAGAAGUCUAUUCGGACUAGCAGCCUUUACAGAAGACUAUUUGGUUCAAAACGCAGAAAAUAUAACAGUUCCCUUAACUAAUUACGAAGACGAUAGAUGAGAUCUAGAUAUGCUGUAUUCUUUAGCAUAAAAAGGAAUUUUUAAUUGAAGAACAGGAAAGAUUAAUGUAGAAUUUGAUAAUCAAAAAAUAUCUGAAGUAAAAGUGGAAAACUGAAUUAUAUCAUUGAUAUAUCCUAUCAGUUUAUCUGACACAUCAAAAAUUUCUUUUGUUUUUAUACCAUAAAAUUUUAAAAUACAGUAAAAAAGCAUAAUAAUUCUUAAAUUUCUAAUAUUUGGUGGCCUUAAACUGCUAAAAUAUUAUGUGAAAUUUUGUGCAGUCUCAGGUAGGUAAUUUUGUAAGUUCAGUAUUCUGAGAGAAAUGAAGUAAAUAACGACCCUAAAGUUAAUACAAGUAGUAAUCAACAUUUCUAUCUGCUUUAGUCAGUUUAUAAUUUUGACAAGUGAAAUAUUUAUAUAAUCUACAAAUAAUGCAUAUAUCCAUAUUAUUAUACGCAGGAAUCUCUUUCAUUUUCCACAGAAUUGAUGUUUUUGUUUGCAUUUUUUAAAAAAAUCAAUAAUUGUUUGGCAGGUAAACUGAUUAUUACUUUUUAUAUUUCAUUAUUUUAUGAAGAAUUGUGUUCUAUUUAUUUAGAGGCAUCUGUUUAUGUUUUUAUAGAAAUCAAAUGAAUGAAAACUUUUUUAAUUUAGAAGUACUCUCUGCUAAUGAAAUAAACAU